GAUUUUUUUUUGUAUAUGUCAGCGCUAAGAGACUUGAGAGGUGUGUGCUUCUGAUGGAUAUGAAGGCGACGGUGACCUUCGGCGUAAUUGUCCUGCAGUGGCGAGGCUCUGAUGCUGGCGGCACCAUCACUGUGAAAUAAACUACAAACUUAUUAAGAGAAGCCAGCAGAUACGCCAAAGCCAUCAAAAUGUCUAAAAGCAAGAGCUCUGAAUCUGUUAAGGUAGUGGUGCGUUGUCGUCCCAUGAAUGAGAAAGAGCGAGCCGCCAACUUCCAGAGGGUGGUCUCAGUGGAUGUGAAGUUUGGGCAAGUGGCCGUGCGCAACCCUCGCAGUGCAUCCUCCCAUGAGCACCCAAAAGUGUUCACCUUCGAUUCCGUCUAUGACUGGAAUUCAAAGCAGAUGGAGCUCUACGAUGAGACUUUCCGGCCAUUAGUGGACUCUGUACUUUUUGGCUUCAAUGGGACCAUCUUUGCAUACGGCCAGACGGGCACCGGAAAGACUUUCACGAUGGAAGGGGUACGAAACGACCCCGACAGGAGGGGUGUCAUUCCGAACUCCUUUGAACACAUUUUCACACACAUCUCCCGCUCUCAGAACCAGCAGUACUUGGUCAGGGCUUCAUACUUGGAGAUUUAUCAAGAAGAGAUCAGGGACCUUUUAUCGAAGGACCAGUCGCGCCGUCUGGAGCUCAAAGAGAGGCCAGAUACGGGUGUCUAUGUUAAAGACCUCUCUUCAUUUGUCACUAAAAGUGUUCGUGAGAUUGAGCAUGUGAUGAACGUGGGGAACCAGAACCGCUCGGUUGGUGCUACUAACAUGAACGAACACAGCUCUCGCUCUCACGCGAUCUUCGUCAUCACCAUUGAGUGCAGUGAGUUGGGUCCUGAUGGAGAGAACCACAUUCGGGUUGGGAAACUCAACCUUGUUGACCUGGCAGGAAGUGAAAGACAGACCAAAACUGGUGCUCAGGGCGAGCGCUUGAAAGAAGCCACCAAAAUCAACCUCUCUUUGUCAGCUUUGGGCAACGUCAUCUCAGCGCUGGUGGAUGGGAGAAGCACCCACAUCCCGUACCGUGACUCUAAACUUACAAGACUGCUUCAGGAUUCCUUGGGCGGAAAUGCCCGUACGGUUAUGGUGGCCAACAUUGGACCUGCUUCCUACAAUUUGGAGGAGACUCUGACCACGCUACGCUAUGCAAAUCGCGCUAAAAACAUCAAGAACAAACCCCGUGUCAACGAAGACCCCAAGGACGCUCUGCUUCGGGAGUUUCAGGAGGAGAUUGCCCACUUGAAAGAACAGUUGGAGAAAAAGUCUGGCAGGAAGAGGAGAAAAAGGAGGAGAAGGGUUGGAGAAGGCUGAGAGGAGCUAGAAGAUGAGGAGGAGGAGGAGGAUGAUGAGGAGGAGGAUGACGACGAAGAGGAAGGAAUGGAUGCGGAUAAGAACAUUGUGGAUUAUUGGCAUGAACAACAGGAGAAGCUGGAGAAGGAGAGGAAGGCCAUCAUGGAGGACCACAGCCUGGUGGCGGAGGAGAAACAGAGGCUGCUGAAAGAGAAGGAGAAGAAGAUGGACGAUCUUCGCAAAGAGAAGGAGGCUUCAGAGAUGUUGGCGGCCAAAGUUAAGGCCAUGGAGAGCAAGCUGUUGGUGGGAGGGAAGAACAUUGUUGACCACACCAAUGAGCAGCAGAGGAUUCUGGAGAUGAAGAGACAUGAGAUAGCCGAACAGAAAAGGCGAGAAAGGGAGAUGCAGCAGGUGAUGGAGUGUCGUGACGAAGAGACACUGGAGCUGAAAGAGACGUACAGCUCACUGCAACAGGAAGUUGACAUUAAGACCAAGAAACUGAAAAAGCUUUUUUCCAAGCUGCAGUCUGUGAAGGCGGAGAUUCAGGACGCCCAGGAUGAACAUGUGAAAUACAGGCAGGAGCUGGAGCAGACGCAGAAUGAGCUGACCAGAGAACUCAAACUCAAACAUUUGAUCAUCGAGAACUUCAUCCCACUGGAGGAGAAGAACAAGAUUGUGACAAGAACCACUUUUGAUGAAGAAGAUGACCUUUGGAAAAUGACCCCCAUCACCCGUAUUCAAAAUGAUCAGCAGAUGAUGAAAAGGCCUGUUUCUGCAGUGGGCUACAGACGGCCUCUGAGUCAGCACGCCCGUAUGGCCAUGUUGAUGCGGCCUGAUGUCAGAUACAAGGCUGAGAAUAUCUUGCUGCUGGAGUUGGACCUGUCCACACGGACCACAAAAGACUACGAGGGCCCGGUGAUCGCGCCUAAAGUGGCUGCGGCUCUGGAGGACGCUCUGAGGGAGGAGGACGAGAUCCAGGUGGAUGCCUCUGGUCUUCGUGCCAGCCUGGGCUCCAUUCCAGGCCUCAGUGCCUCAGCUGCUGGCUUUUCCAAGAAACCAAAGUCAGGCCGCCCAAAAACUGGCAAGAAUGUGAGCACUCCAACUUCAGCUCACAGCCCUUUGUCUGGCUCAGGGUCCCCUCUUUACCCUCAAUCCCGAGGCCUUGUGCCAAAGUGACACCGGCCCUCUGUGAAAACCUUCACUGCUCCAUAUAAACUGACUGGUUUUGGCAUUAAAUUUCUCAGUUUUUAAACAAAAAAGGUGGAACAUCUUGUGUUAUUUAAACCCACCUAUCAGCCCACAAACUACCUUCUUUUUAGAUGUCGCUUCAACAUCCCGUUCAUAGCACGAAAAAAGUUACGUUUGGCAAUCUUUAAAGUCUUGAAGUUUAGAUUUGGUUUGCACUCAAGCAAAAUGUUACAUGUUUUGUGUGUGUGUGUGUGUGUGUGAGGUCAUUGAGACAGCAGAUGGUCUCGGCAUUGACCAUAAGUGUUAGUUACGUCAUUGUGGGGAUGUUUUUGUGUGUGUCCAGUUGUAGGAUUAACAAAUUUCUCAAAUAAAGUAGCUGGAGAUGAGAUUUAUGCUGGUUUGGGCCACAAAAGCACUGUAUUGUUGUUUGACGAGAGAGUAAGCACAUUACGUCAUUGGCUAAGACCCAAAACAACCUCUAAGCCUUUCUUGAAAACUCUUCGAGGUGCUUGGGCUUAGGGAAGGGCCCAGAAAUACACUCCUGACCAGGCUGUUGUCGCAGU